AAUUCAAUCCGUUUCAACCUGAUUUCAAAAAAAAUCCCCAAAUCCGCCGCGGAAAUGUCGACGUCGCAGCAGAUCGAUUCCCACCGCGAGAACGCCGAGGUGUACAGCGGCGACGCGGCGGUGUGCAAGCAGAAGUCGAAGGAGCUGCUGGAGAAGAUCAACAUGCCGCAGGGGCUGCUGCCGCUGGACGACCUCGUCGAGGUCGGCCACAACGCGGAGACCGGAUUCGUGUGGCUGAGGCAGAAGAAGAGCAAGACGCAUUACUUCAAAGGAAUCGGACGCAGCGUCUGGUACGACGCCGAGGUGACGGCGUUCGUCUCCGAUCGGCGGAUGAAGCGCCUCACCGGCGUCAAGAGCAAGGAGAUCCUGAUCUGGAUCACGAUCUGUGAUAUUUCGAUCAAGGACCCUGAAUCCGGUAAAAUUACGUUCGGUACCCCUACCGGAAUCUCCAGAGCUUUUCCGGCGUCGGCGUUUGAGGAGGAAGAGGAGAAGAAGUGAUGGAUUUGAUUAUGACUGUGCAGCUUGCUUUGAAUAAAUCUGGUUAAUUUCUCUGUUUUUAACUACUUAUGGUUUGCUUCAUAUUUAAGCAAUUUCUAAAUGCUGAUAUGAAUGUAUUAAUGUGGAAUAUUUUACUACCAA